CCUCCCGCCCCAGCUCGCUGCCCAGUUGCCCCCGCUUCCCAGACGUGGAAGGAAUAAACGAAGGCUAUGGUUUGUCCGAAUUCGUAAGCGGUCUUCCAUUACUCAUUGCAACCCCCCAACUUGACUGCCCGGGGUAGACAGCGGUUGCCAUGAAACCCCUCCCUGGCAUGCUCGAUGGACGAGCCAAGAACAAACCUGGCUCCGUCGGAAUUCUUGUCUCCGGUGUCGAAGCUCGAAUUCUUCGUCCCGACGGGUCUCUCGCAGGUCCCAACGAGGCGGGUGAACUCCUUGUACGCGAGGGCACUGUGGUGUUGGGAUACAAGGGAAAUACCAAGGCGACGCGGGAAACUUUCAUCGAUGGGUGGCUGCGUACGGGCAACCAGAUGCGGAUCGACGAGGACGGAGUGCUUUUCUUUGAGGACCGCACUCUACAGAUCUGGUUCACGGUUACUGUAAUUCAUUAGCUUGGCUUGGAUAUCCUGAUGAACGUGAUUGAUUUCUUCGAGUUACCGGUUGGUCCCUCUGGCCGACGUGACUGCCUUGUCAUCUCACUUGACACUGGCGUCAACGCUUUUCAUGAUCCGUUGGACUGGUCAGCGCUGCGUUCUGGAGAGAACUGAGGAAACCGAUGAUGUCGUCGUUGUCUCCAUGGUGUACAUGCGUGC